AUGGACCUUCGCCCGUGGAUGCAGUAUGACGUUGGUCUGUCCCGGUACCUAGGGUACGAGGAAGGUAUGACGGAACCGAACCACUGGCUGUUGGAACCAUUGGCUGUUGGAACCACUGGCUGUGGGAACCACUGGCUGUGGGAACCACUGGCUGUGGGAACCACUGGCUGUGAACGAGGACGAGAUGUAAUCAAGAUGACUGUGUCGAUGAUUCAGCAGUGUGCAGAGGCGUUGCAAUAUGAACAGGCGAUACUAAUCACCUCAGCUGUUGUCCAGUCAAAAGUCAUAGGAGGUAUGGGAACGAAACGUCCCGACUUCGUGAAGGCAGGCUCAGAUAAAGCUGGAUGUCUCCGACAAAACCUGCGGAUCUCGGACGAGAUCUCAGACGAUGAUGAAGACAGAUUGUCCCAGCAGGGAAAGUUUGUUCGUGCUCGAACCCAAACAGCGGAAUGGGUACGACUGGUGGGCUUCUCGGAUUCUAUCUCCGGACCGUCUGGUGCAAUAAUAUCACCCCAGUGGAGCUUGCACCAGGCAUGUCCCAUUGGUCCCCUGCGAACAGACGGUCUCGCGCUCUGCGUGCUUCUUCCUGGGGAUGGGAUCAAGCACUGCAGAUGGGAUGCCAUCCUCCACAGGAUGGGGAGAGCAAGAGACUGCGAGACGAUCUGCUUUGACGCACGGUAUCCAACGACAACCCCAGUUUCUGCCGACGCGGCAGAGUCAGGACAGGCCGCUGAAUCUCAUCCCAACGGAACGCUCAUCAAGACAGGACUUACCCAUCAGCUUCUCUACUCGGGUUCUCUGCUCAGUUUCUCUGCUCAGCUACGCUAG